GCAUCAUUAAGCUUAAUUUGUCGUCAUUUUACUUAACGUCAGCUUGUUUACACUUAACAGUCGUAUGUGGUUGUGUUUAUGUUAAAAUCCGAAACCGUGUAUGAUCAUUAUAGCCACUUUGUCGACCGUUAGUAAAGCAGUUAUUCGUAAACGUUAACCGCUAAUGGUAGCCGCUUGCCGUUAUCAUGCAGUCCAUGGCUUACACAGAUGUCUGCCAUGAAACACUUUGUGAUGAGCAACAAGCAUUUUCCACCUGUUUCCAAAGUUGCUUCUUUAAUCCACAAUUAUGGUAAAAAGAGUGUUGGAAAAAGAAGUGUUAGAGAUGUGUUGCAGAUAAUGAAUUAAAAGUUAGCUUACCUGCUUAAGCUAAUGGGGCCAAUUUCAGUCGUUUCUGUUAAAUAUCUCACGUUAGCUGGCAUGCUACACUCAGCCAGAGUCAUCCCUGGUCAGUGACUGCUAAAUGUUUUGUUUAUUUUCUAGUAGUUAUUUUUUGUAAUUAGCUCCACUAGCGAAGCCCAAAGUUACUGUCAAAUUAUGUAGGAUACUUAUCAUGAUUUAUGAGCUAGUUAAUACUAUUUUCAGUGACAGCUAUACAUUGGGAAAGCUCAGUUGAAGCCUGAGAUUAGCAUAGAUAGUAACCCCCAAACAUUUCUCAGGCACUUUUGAGUAAGUUGUAAUAAUUCCUGUCAUGCCGGUGGCUUUGACCCACUAAAGGACCCCUAAAAGACUGCACUUUGGAAAACAUUGAAAAGUAAUCUAUUGAAACCUCAGUGAUGUCUGCCCGUAGUAAAACAACGCUAUCCAGUAUAAAUGUGACGAGCAAGCCGUGUAGUGGGGUUAAAACAUCUUUGAACCUUACUGACACCAGAAUGGAGGUAUCAAGGAGAAGAAUUCUCCAGAAACAUCUGGAGCCUGCGAGGCCCCUGCGUCGCUCCCUCCAGGUUGACAUUGAGCCCAAAAUAAAUGCUGCUACAUGUGCACAAGCACUGAUGGAGGAAGAAGAGUCAAAAAUUGGCAUAGAGCAGUUCUACAGGAUUGUCAACCUCCACAAACAGAAAGAAGGCAGAAUAUCUUACUCAAGAGAUUUUUUAAUUGGUCUGGCAAGUUGUCCUGAGGCCAGGAGGAAGCCGGAAUUCUUGCCAGAGCACCCCAUAGUCUUAACCGAGGCAAGAGACGUUAGGCAUCUAAGGCUUCAUGAAAUGAGAUGCAACGAGGAAAAAGAAGAAACGAUGGCAGAAAGGCUUCACUCACCAUAAGACAUUUGCACAGGUGUUCGCUACCCCAAACAGUGUUUCUGUUUUGUUUUCUCAUCUUUUGUCGUGGUGAAUUUAAUUUGACUUUAAACUAACAUUUAAAGAUGCAUAUAUUUUUUUUCAUUUUUUAAUGAGACUGAUAACAGUUUGGGGUGAUAAGACUAAACACCACUUUAUUUGCUUAAGUUUGAGUAUUGCAUUUUUGCCUGGGUUUUUCUGCUGUGCACGCUUUGUAUUUAUAUUUUGUAAACAUUUUCUAAACAUACGAUAUUAAUGCCUACUUUUCAGCUGUGGUGGUCAUCACUCCUCAUAUUAGAUUCAUAAAACAAACUCUACCUGAAGUGACAGUGGUCAAAAAGAUGUUUGCCAUCAGCUGUAUUAGCUGGGGUUACAAUAUCAUUGUGAUGUAUCGUGUCCUACUGAACAUGUUGACUUCUUGUCUUAUAAAGGACAGUUUGGAUCAACA